CGUCACACGCCUGCGUAUCAAUUCCCACAAUGCAAUUUCGUCGGCCAUGUUGACAUCCGAAAGAAUGAACGUCUCGAUAAAAGGAGGGUGUAUUUACUUUCAAAUCGAAGGGAUGCAAUCAUAAAAAGCUGCCAUAGAAUCGCAGUAAAACUCCGCGGAAUCAGUCUGUAAACUGGUGUUGGUGACAAAAUAUUCGAUUAAGGACUGUGUGUAUUUUGACGUUUUAGAAUCGGAAGUAUGAAGUACUGUUUUGACAGGAUCCCCAUAAAAAACAGAUUAAUAAUUAUAUAGUUUAGGAUAACAAAAUGUUUAAUUAUAGUAAUUGAAGUAAGAAAAGACCAUACCUUGUGUGUAGAAAACAAGGUAUGAGUGCAGUCUGCUCUCGAAAUUUUGAUUCAUUACGGUUUACAGAAGCUCUCUCGUCAUUAUGAUGUCUGCAGAGGAGAGAUUGAGAAAACUGAGUAACUUGUAUGUGGGAGGGAUUCAAAACAGCAAUGGCCAGGCACUAAGUGUGGAGACCCUCCUGGACGCCCUCGUUGUCCUCUAUGAUGAAUGCUGCAACUCUACACUGCGGAGAGAGAAAAACAUCUCCGAGUUUGUUGAUUUUGCCAGACAGGUCAUUACAAAGGUUAAGCAGUAUCGGCUACACCGGGAGGAUUUUGAGGUCAUUAGGAUCAUCGGGAAAGGGGCAUUUGGGGAGGUUGCAGUAGUGAAGUUAAAAUCCACUGAUAAGGUUUUUGCCAUGAAAAUUUUAAAUAAAUGGGAGAUGCUAAAAAGAGCUGAGACAGCCUGUUUUAAGGAGGAACGUGAUGUCCUGGUGUAUGGUGACAGAAGAUGGAUUACAAAUCUACACUAUGCCUUCCAAGAUGAUAACUAUUUGUACCUGGUGAUGGACUAUUACUGUGGAGGUGACCUUUUGACCCUGCUCAGUAAGUACGAGGACCGCUUACCGGAGGACAUGGCCCGGUUCUACAUUGCUGAAAUGGUGCUGGCAAUCCAUUCUCUCCACACGAUGAGCUACGUCCACCGUGACAUCAAACCAGAUAAUGUACUUCUGGAUCUAACAGGACAUAUUGUACUAGCAGAUUUUGGGUCCUGUCUACGGCUGUUAGAUGAUGGCACAGUUCAGUCCUCAGUGGCUGUUGGCACCCCCGACUACAUCUCUCCAGAAAUCCUCAGGGCUAUGGAGGACGGGCAUGGUCGUUACGGUCCGGAGUGUGACUGGUGGUCCCUGGGAGUGUGCAUGUACGAGAUGUUGUACGGAUUUACUCCUUUCUAUGCUGAGUCACUUGUAGAGACCUAUGGCAAAAUCAUGAACCAUCAGUCAAAGUUUGAGUUUCCAACAGACGAGGAUAUUGAGGACAUUUCUGAUGAAGCCAAAGACUUACUUCAGCGAUUGAUAUGCUCUGCAGAUCGGCGGUUUGGUAAAAAUGGUCUGGACGAUUUCAUCAAUCACCCAUGGUUUAAGGGCAUCAAAUGGGAGGAGAUCCGGGACAUGAAUGCUCCGUUUGUACCAGAAGUAAGCAGUCCAACAGACACCUCCAACUUUGAUGUAGAUGAAAGUGACUUUAGACACACAGAUACAGUUCCACCCACCUCUAAUGCAGCUUUUAAAGGCCAUCACCUGCCAUUUAUUGGCUUUACAUUUACCAAAGACAGUCAAAUUUCUGACACUGGGAAUCUCCAAGACACCUCAGGGCUUGCCACAGAAAACCUAGAAUCUCUGGCAGCAGCUGCUUUUGAGAGAAGGAUAGCUACUUUAGAGAGGGAAAACAAAGAGUUACAAAGGAAAGUAGCAGAGGCAAAUGCCACAAUUCAAAGAGCCAGUAGUUCAGGGGAGAUAAAUCCGGCGGCAGGGGCUUCAUCAGCAUCUUCUGAGUCGGAGAUUCGUCAACUGAAGGAGGAAAUAGCUGUGUUACACAGAGUUGUAGCAGAAUCUCAAACAGAAAUUAGUGAAGUUGAACAAGAUUUGAAAAGAGCUCAAGACCUCAAAAUUGAAUUGGAAAGGAAAAUGAGAAUUAUUGAGGAAGAGAAAAUGGCUCUUGAAAAGGACCUGCAGGAUUUCAGGGAUAAAUACAAAAUGCAAGCAAGGGAGCUGAAAGAUGCUGUCGCCAAACAAAAGAUUGCCAUUGAACAAUUUACUGACACAAACGAGUCAUUAUUAAAGUCACAAUCCAAAGUAAAAGAACUGACACGAGAAGCCAGGAAUAAAGAUGAGGAAAUCGAAGAAUAUAGACGCAAGUUAGACAGCGUGAAAAAUGAGAGGAGACGGGCAGAGAAAAAUGUCCAAGAGCUUCAUGGCCAGGUGGACGAAUAUCGAGCAGAUUCCAACAAGGAGAGGAAACUCCGAGAACGAGCUGAGCAGUACUCCAGGGAACUGGAGCAGGAAAUUGAGGCUGCCAAACGAAAGAAUCUCAACCGGGGUCCCACUGCCAGUCACUUAGAAAUGUCUCAGGAAAUCUCCAGGUUAAAAACAGAAUUAGAUAGAAAAAGUGUCGAAACAGAAGAAACUGUGGCCAGACUAUCUACCAAACACCAAACAGAAAUGAAAGACCUUCAAUUCCAUAUGUCAGAGAUAGAAAAUAGAAACAGGGACUUGAAGUAUGAAACUAGUGCAUUAAAGGAAAAACUGAACAACCAAGUGUCAAUAGAAGACUUAAGUAAUCAAAUACAGAGACUGAAGUUACAGUCUGAGCACUCAGAACGGGAAAGGUCACAGGUCAUUGAUGAGAACGAUCGGUUGAAAGAGGAGAUAACCUUCCAACAAUCUGCCAUGAAUGACCUUGUGAAGGAGAAGAACCAGCUGGAGCAGGAGAUGAGGGAGAUUUACGACAAGCGCGAGUCCGUAGCUCAAUGGGAGGCUCAGAUCUCCGAGAUCAUCAAAUGGGUGAGUGAUGAAAAAGAUGCACGCGGAUACCUCCAAGCUCUGGCCAGCAAGAUGACGGAGGAAUUAGAAAACCUUAAAGUGAUGGGCGUGUCUGAUGAUGGGCAGGGUCGGCAGAGAUGGAGAAACAGGCGGUCCCAGAGACUGGACAAGAUGGAACUGUUGACCCUCCAGUCCAAUCUGAACAGUGAAAUCCAAGCCAAGACGCAGAUCAGUGAGGAACUGACACGUGUCAAAUCGCAGAGUGUCAGUCAAGAGAAUAAAAUUGAAGAACAGAGCCAAAUGGUCAGCAAGCUAACAAAGGAACUGGAGGAACUUAGAGCAGAGAAUCAACAGUUACACAACCAGAAACUCAAUGACUGGGAGAAGUCCAACCAGGAUGCAAGUCUGAUGACGUUUUUCAAGGGCCAGUUCUCAAUACUUGAUUCUGAGAAUGAGAGUAUGAACGAUGAGGACAGUGUUAGUGAGGAUGCCCUGUCCCGUGGGGCGGACUCACGGAACAACUCCCGACAGGACCUGAGUCACGAUGAACCACACCACCCAUCCAGUACCUCUAGCCCUGCCAGCACUAUCCACACCAGUCACCCAGCGAGUACGACAGAGCAGGUGUAUGACCAGCCCUGGGGGGCUUCCAAGUUUGGCACAGUCCCAAUAAAUCCUUCACAGAGUCUACCUGCACACCCCAAAACUCAUCAGUUCGUCAUGAAGACUUUCUCAUUGCCAUAUAAAUGUAAUCAUUGUACAUCACUGAUGGUGGGCAUACAGCGACAAGGAGCCACAUGUAAUGAUUGUGGUUACUCAUGUCACAUUCACUGUAUGGAAAAGGCCCCCAUGGUUUGUCCAGUCCCUCCAGAUCAAACUAAGCGACCCAUGGGUAUAGAUGUGUAUAAAGGAAUAGGCACAGCUUAUGAAGGCUAUGUUAAGGUUCCUCGACUAGGAGGAAUAAAGAAGGGUUGGACGAGGCAGUUUGUUGUAGUCUGUGAUUUUAAAUUAUUUUUGUAUGAUAUUAAUCCUGAUCGUAACCAGCCCAGCCAUAUAGUCCAACAAGUACUAGAUAUGAGGGAUGAAGAAUUUACAGUUAGCCAAGUGCUGGCAGCAGAUGUCAUUCAUGCUAAUAAGAAGGAUAUUCCAUGUAUUUUUAGGGUGACGACCAGUGAGCUGAAUCCGCCUGGAUCCAAGCACCAGGUUCUGAUGUUAGCAGAGAGUGAGCAAGAGCGUCACCGCUGGGUGGGGGCCCUUAACGAGCUCCACAAACUCCUACGCAAAAACAAGCUUCCCAACAAAGCUGCUUAUCUUGCGCAAGAAGUUUAUGACAAUUCUUUAUCUCUAGUCAAAGGAACGCUCUCCGCUCAAGUGCUAGACUCAAGUCGUGUACUUCUGGGUACGGAGGAUGGUCUCUAUGUUGCUCAGUUAGCAAAAGAUGUGCUUUUGAGGGUUGGAGACAAGAGUGAAAAGAAACCUGUCUUUCAAGUAGAACUGGUUCCCAGUGAGCAGAUGGUGGUUUUCAUCAGUGGAAAACAGAAACACAUCAAGCUGCUUCAUCAGUCUGGGUUGGAUGGUCAUGAAACUGACCCUGUCAAAAUUCCCGAGACACGCGGUUGUCAAAUGUUCUGUGUCGGCACAGUCCCUCAUGGUAUGCAGGGCUCUAUUACAUGUCUGUGUGUGGCCGUUAAACGAACAAUACAGGUGUAUGAACUGAACAAAACUCGCCAAAAGUUCCGCAAGCUGAAGGAUAUUCAGGUCCCUGGGCAAGUGCAGUGUUUAGAGUUGAUGAGCCAAGGGCUGUGUGUGGGAUGUCCUUCCUACUUUGCUAUUUACAGUGUUCAAGGGGAAUCCCCACCAACAGCUCUACUGAAUGUGGAGGACAAUUCUCUUCGAUACCUGUGUCAAACACAGCUGGACUCACUGCUGGCAGUGGAGUUACCAAAGAAUGAAUUCUUAUUGAUCUUUAGUGUUUGUGGUGUGUAUGUAGAUUCUAAUGGAAGAAGGAGUCGUUCCAAUGAACUCAUGUGGCCAGCUCUUCCCCAUGCUGUGGCCUACAAGGAGCCCUACCUUUCCUGUUAUGCAGAGAACACAGUGUACAUGUUUGAUGUGAACCUUGCAGAAUGGGUCCAGACAUUGUGUCUAAAAAAGACAAAGCCCCUGUCUCGGGAUGGCUCUCUGAAUCUCUACAACAAUCUGGACAUGCAGUACAUUGUCUACUUCAAAGCAUUACAAGCAGAAGAAGACAUCCUGGCUAUAUCAGAAAUAUUCAAGGGAAAAAGUGUCAAUCGUAACAAGCGGAGGUUUUCCUUUAAAACGAGGGAUGACCAUGACCGCGGAUCGCGAGGCCCUGAACGGAGAUCUCGGGAAAUCUCAGCUCCGAUGUCGUUCAGCCAUGUGGCUCACAUGGGGCCAGAUCAGGUGUUUGCCAGCACCACUCACAGCGUCCCUGUCGCCACCCAGUCAGAGCGGUCAGACCGAAGGUCAAAGAUUAUAUCUGGUCCAAUCAACUUCAGCCACGUGGCACACAUGGGGCCUGAUCAGGGGAUGCAGGCUCUUAUUGACCUUCCCAGGGCCAGUCAGAGUGGAAAUGGUAUGCCCACCAGCCCAGGGGUAGAUCCCAGCCAGAAAAACAAGCUCUUUCCCAUGAAAACACUACAGGAAGUUCAGAUGAGGGGAGCUAGGACCUCCAUGGCACACCCUAAUGGGAGUGCACGCCGUGAGUCCAGUUCAAAGGUCGGUGCCAUGAACAACAGCUCUCGUCAGCCGUCGACUUCCUACCCUGAAAGUCCCGACACAUCUAAUGAUACCUCAUCACUCGGGGAUCUGUCCACUGCCAUAUUUGAGUACAUUGAUGAUAGAAGGGAUAUAUUUGAAGACAUCUCGUUUGACCGGCCAGGCACGCGCCUGUCCGUAGCGUCCACUACCAGUAGUACUUAUAGCAGUUCCCCCGCCUCCGCCCGAGAAAGUCUGUCUGAAGAUCAUCACCAGCAUGAGGACCCGGAGAUCGAGACAUCUCAUCUAUGAAACAUCUCUCAACAGAACUGGCCCUGAGAUAUCCAAUCAGAGGACAGGAGCUGCUGGAGAUGGUCACAUGACAGGAUGCAUCAAUUGAUGGAUGGCGCUGUCUCCCCAUUUUUGUUUUAGCCUCCUUUGUUUCUGAUGUACAUGGCUUUUGGUUCAGCUGACCAUCACGCUUCAGUGAUCACACAUAGGGACUUUGUUCAGUGUUCAGUCAUCAUGUGUGGUGUUGUAUUGAGGAUAAAGAUUGUGUGUGUUAAAAACAUGUGUGUUGUGCACAUAAUCAUGGUCAAAUGGAUCUGUUUUCUUGACUGAUCAAAGUCUGGUUCCUUAAGUGAGGAAUUUGUUUUUAUGAUUGUUUAUCCACAAUUGUUACUGGAGAUCUGAUAGUUUUUAUCAUAUUCUAGGUCCAUUAUUUGUAAAGUGUCACAAGAGAUUAUAAUAAUGUUUCCUCUGUAAUCCUGACUAAUUAUAUAUUGUUUAUCUUUUACACACAGUAUUUAUCAAGCCCUGGAAAUGUGAAUAUUACACAAGAGAUGUAUGUUGAGCCUACUUUUAAAACAGAGCACCUGGGGGGUUAUAUAUGGCCACUAGUUUUACUGAGGUUUUAUGGCCUGGUUGAUUUUAAUGAUUCCGAGUCCACUGCUGUGGCUCUGGUGUUUUGUGAACUUUUCUCUUCUAUGAUGGCAUGGAUAUCAAUAUGUUCGAGUCUUCCAUUUUUUUGUGGUCUGAUUUAUAGUGUGAUACAACUGCAGGUAGCGGAGAGCAGUGUGAGAUGGGUUAGUUCCCCUGACAUGGGUUAACUCCCCCUGUACUUGGUGCUCUAAUGAUUGUACUUAACAAACCAAAGCAAAUAUCAGCCUCUUAUUUUUAUUUGCCAUGUGUACAGAGUGGUUCUUGUUUUUUUGUGCCAAAAUACAUUUUAAUGAAGACAGACAAGACAUGUGACAUGAACCAGGUCUGUUUUCUCUGUGGUGGUUAUUCAUGUUGUGUGUCAGAUGUUACAUCUCUUUAAACUGGUAUUACAUUUAAUUUAAACAUUGCAUUGUUGUCACCUUUUGAUUAGCUUAAUGUAAUUUAUGAUAUCUCUUGAGUUUCUGUCAGUUUUUAAGCAUUCAUAUAAGAAAAAUGCAAAUCAGCAAUUUUCUUUUCAAAACUUGUAUUGAUCAAUUUUUUUUUAUUAUUAUUAUUUUUUUCUUCUCCAUUUUAUAAAAUGGUAAAGCCAGCUUCUGUAGAGCUUUUUGAAUAAAAAUUCUCAAGUAAAAAAUCAUUGAAAUUUGAAAUGUUUUAAGUCAGGAAAGAAAUGGCAAUAGCUUGUCUGAUGUGUCGCAUGUCCUUCACUUUAAUAGCAUACAUCGGAGAAUUCUAUUGAUAAUGAUAACUAAUGUUCACUGCAGUCAUUGUCCUGACCUGUUAGUUGUUGAGAGUUGUGUGUAGAUGGGUGUUUGGUGUAGAUACAUUGUGACAAGAACACCGAUUGGUGUAGAUACAAUUUGUAGAUGACGCUAUGGUACACAUAACAUUCCCGUGACUGGUCUGUUAACACUGGACCUUAGUGUCACAUUACACUCCUGUAGUUAUUGUACAGUUGCACUCAGUCAACAUGCCAUCUGUUCCUGUGAUGUCAUGGGAACCGUGCCGUAACUUUUCUUUGUAUUCUACCUCCGCUAGAACAAAUCAUUUCUCUUCUCUCUUUUUUUGUCGUCCGAUGAUGAAUUAUUUUCAGUAUGACAAGGGUAAUUAUAUGCUGCGAGCAGCAAAAUAAACUUGGCAUUGUCAUGAGUUGGGUACUGUGGCAUUUUGUGACAGUAGUCUUUCUUCGUCCCUAAUCCCCCUCCCAAUUAGUACAACAAAAUACCACAAUGCAGUCUUGUUGUGAUGAGUGAGGUACUUUAACAUUUUUUGACAGUACUUAGUCUUUCUGAUGCCCCCUCUCCCUAUUAGUACAAGUCUACCACAAUGCAAUGGCCCACCAAAAGAGCUGUAACGUCAUAUAAAAUAAAUCUAUGUUUACUGUGUGUUAAAUGAAAUGUAGAUCAUGACUCAUUCACGCUAGGAAGAUGUCUGAGUAUCUCUUCAUAUCUAAAUUACUUCCAUGCCAGUCAUUCAGUAGAACUCGCAGUGGUGUUAUUCUGUCAGUUCGAGUAUACUCGGCAGUCUGAGUACACUCAGGCAGUAGGUUUUUUUUUUUCUGUACAAGGAAUCAAAAUAAUGAAGUGCAAUUGAGGGUAUAUAUAGUGUGGAGCUGGGUGAUGUAUAUAUGUAAAUGUGCCGCUGUAUAAAAGUAAACUGCAUAUCAGUAUGGCUGAGUCUGUAGCCCUUAUGUAGGCUUCUGCUAAUUAUUGUAUAGAAUUUUUAUAACACAAUAAUUCAUAACUGUGUAUUAAAUGCAAAUUAUAAAAUGACAAUGAAACAGACAAUUAUUAAAAAAAACUGCUGGAAAUAUGAA